ACCCACAUAUUGUCAAUGAAUUUCAAUCCAUCGAGACAUGCCUAAUCUGUAAGAAUAAGAAUUAAAAAAAUUGAACACAACAAUUGAGAAAGAAAGAGGAGGGUUUGAAUAAUUGGUGUCGGAAUACGAACAAAAUAAAACAAGCGAGGGUUUCACCUACUGAUUGUUUCGAGCCCCUUUCCCAUUCUAUUCCUCGUAGUUCUCACCGAGCACACUGACACUGCUGUAAAUUGAUAGAUAACAGUUCAAUAAUGGUGAGGAGGAAGAGGAUAAAAUCGUUCUGCCAUAUAUAAGCAAUUUUUAUUGAAGGUACUCUGGUAAUACUAGUGGUUGUUGUGGGCGGGGAGAAGCAAUGGAAGAUCAGGAAGUGGCAGGGAUGAACCCUUGUUCUUCUUCUGAUGCUGCUGUUGUGGACAACGGGGCACAUCAACAUCAACAGGAAGAGGUCCUGGGUUCGACUCUCACCAGGCAGAAAGUCGCAGCGGCCAAGCAGUAUAUUGAGAACCAUUAUAAGGUUCAGAUGAAGAGUCUUCAGGAGCGAAAGGAGAGACGAUGGGUGUUAGAGCGGCGGUUGGCUUCUUCAGAUGUAUCAGAAGAAGAACAGAUGAAUCUCAUCAAAGAUCUGGAAAGGAAGGAAACUGAAUACAUGCGUUUAAAACGACACAAGAUGGGUGUAGAUGACUUUGAGCUAUUGACUAUUAUUGGUAGAGGAGCUUUUGGUGAGGUUAAACUAUGCCGUGCAAAAUCAACAGGACAAGUAUAUGCAAUGAAGAAGUUAAAGAAGUCAGAAAUGCUUAGUCGGGGGCAGGUUGAACAUGUCAGAGCAGAAAGAAACUUACUGGCAGAAGUUGACAGUCAUUGUAUUGUAAAACUUUAUUAUUCUUUUCAAGAUGCUGAGUAUCUAUAUCUAAUAAUGGAAUAUUUGCCUGGAGGUGAUAUGAUGACCCUUCUUAUGAGAAAAGAGACGUUAUCAGAGGAUGUGGCUCGUUUCUAUAUUGCUCAGAGUGUACUUGCUAUAGAAUCUAUACAUAAGCAUAAUUACAUACACAGGGAUAUAAAACCAGAUAACCUUCUUUUAGAUAAAAAAGGUCAUAUGAAGCUAUCAGAUUUUGGCCUCUGCAAACCUCUGGAUUGUACUACCCUAUCCACUCUUCAUGAAAAUGAGGCUAUGAAUGAUGAUAAUUUGAGGGAAUCCAUGGAUAUAGAUGGAUGCUUCCCCGAUUCAAACAUGGGGGGACCAUGGAGGAGUCAGCGUGAACAACUUCAGCAUUGGCAGCAGAAUAGGAGGAUGCUGGCUUAUUCUACCGUUGGUACACCAGAUUAUAUUGCCCCUGAAGUUUUGCUAAAAAAAGGCUAUGCGAUGGAAUGUGAUUGGUGGUCACUUGGAGCUAUAAUGUAUGAGAUGCUUGUUGGCUACCCACCAUUUUACUCAGAGGAUCCAAUGACAACAUGUAAGAAGAUUGUUCAUUGGAGACAUUACUUGAAAUUCCCUGAGGAGGCUAGACUGUCAGCAGAGGCAAAGGAUCUAAUUUGCAGGCUGCUCUGUGAUUUUGAACACAGGCUUGGUUCCAGGGGUGCCAAUGAGAUAAAGGGACACCCAUGGUUCAAUGAGAUUGCAUGGGAUAAUCUAUAUGAAGUUGAGGCAGCUUAUAAACCUGAGGUCAACGGGGAACUUGACACACAGAAUUUUGAAAAGUUUGAUGAAAUUGAACCUGCAUCUCAGACAAGAACGGGAUCUGGCCCAUGGCGGAAGAUGCUGACAGCAAAGGAUCUAAAUUUUGUCGGUUAUACAUACAAGAAUUUUGAUGCUGUGAAGGGAUUUCACCCUACUGUUGUGGAUUUAAAAAGGAGCUCAUCACCAAAGAGGCCUUCCAUAAAUUCUCUUUUUGAGGCGACAAAUCUAGGCAUUCCCAUUACUGAGACUGGGAAUUCUGCAUAUUCAGGAAUGGAAGAAUCUGAAUCUGACUAUUUAUCGGCUGCUGAUCGCAUGUCACCUUGAGCCUCAAGAUGUUUAUGUGAAGAAUCUACGAGCUUUGAGAUCCUUGUACUUGUUUUUUAGGUAAUGUUAUUAUCACAGAUGUUUGGUUCUAGGCAGGCCUUCAAGAUCUUAAUUGUUAAUGAGUACAGUCAGUUCCACCCUGAACUUGUAACAUGGUUGGCUGUAUAUUAGAGUUUGUUUGGAGGUUUAUGGUCUUAAGGAAAAAAUCCAUUAAAGUAAGAGAUAUUAACAAGAGUUUGUAGUAGAGGACGAAGCAGUUUAAGAUUUUUGAUUUAAUAUGCCCUAGCUGCCCAGGUUGGCAAAGGCAAAAUUUGCCUUCGCUCGUGGCAGUUUCCUGCAUGAUAUGAAUUGUAAUAAAGCUGCAUAUGUAUAAGGCAAGAUAUGACGAGAAUUUUGCUCGAUCUCAUCUUGGUUGAAAGCUGUCCUCAUGUAGCAUUUUAAUUCUCACUCUGGUUUUAAUAUAUGUCUUUUGGCUUCACUGUUCA